AUGGAAUUAAUUCAUCCACGAGAAUACUAUACAAAUUACAGCAAAAAAAUCUACUUUACGUACCUCCCGCGUCAAACUCAGUUUCAGCAGGGAUUAUUGGGCUUACAACCUUCAAAAAUUGCCGGAGUAUUUCAUCUACGCUAUUCUCAGGAUCGUCCUUUGAAAGCAAAGCGGAUUGUAUUGUACUUCAAGGGCAAAACUUUUGUAAGAUUCGACGAAGGAAAUGAGCAACAUAAGUUAAAACAACAGUUUCUGAAUAUGUCAAAAACAAUAUGGACUUCGCAAAGCGAAGGAAAUUUUGAAGAUAUCACCUCAUUGGAUAUACCAUUCGAAUUUGACAUCCCUAACACCUCUCCAUCAACGGUUAUUUCAAUGGAAAAAACAGGCAUUGGUUUAAUUACGUAUACACUCCAAGCAAAAAUUUUCAGAGUUUCUCAUUUACUACUUUUACAACACGUGAAAGCAGUGAAAUGUCGUUUAGAUAUUAACAGAUGGGCAACACUUCCUUCACCUGAUUAUUAUCCGGCUCCAUUUUCCUAUGGACUCCCGAAAUUUCAAUGCCAACUGCUGCUAGAUCAAUCUGUCUUCGGGAUUGGAAACGUAAUUCCUCUGCCUAUAAAAUUCAUCCUAUUUGACAUGAGAGUAUGCGUGAAGAAGAUUACGGUCAGAAUAAAAGAAUAUCAUCUAUUGAAAUUGACCUUGGAAUUAGAUAACCCUAAAAGUAAAAUUAUUAAAGUAUCUUUAUUUGAGACUAUAGUGGGAGGAGAUAAAGUUCUUCCUGUUAUUGGUAGUAAUAAUGAGUUCAUGGUAACUAUCAAGUGUGAUUUAAGAGAAUCUUUCAGGAAGAUACAGUGUGAUUGCGAGACUCCAUUGAUUGAUAUUUGGCAUAUGUUAAAAAUUAAAGUAAAUAUGGAAAACGCUGGCGUCGGACAUUUAUAUAUGGAGAAGGAAAUGAAGAUUUACAAUAUUUUACAGAAUGACCUAUUGGUAGGGGCAUCCGAUGACUGA